UAAAUAAAACAAGAGGGAUCGGCACCACUGCCUACAGUGGCGUGCAAGGAGUCCGUGAUCCUGAGCCGCGCGACGCCGACAUUGCGCGGAGACGACCGCUUGUGUAUCAGUGCCCUAUCUUAAAACGGAACGUGUGUUGUAUUUGAAUUGUUAAUUCGAAAUUUAAACAUGAAUCAGCCCCGCGCGCCGGCAUCGGCGGCGGCUCUGUGGGUGCUGUGUACCCUACUGCUCCCGACCGACACACAGUUCACAAACCCGCUUAUGUCCUUGGCAAACUUCCUCAACGAAGGCGCCCAUCAACUGGACAACGAACCUCCUGACCAAACCAAACUACUUUCGGAAUAUGACUUUAUAAUUAUCGGUGCUGGUACCGCUGGCUGCGUUCUCGCCAACAGACUAUCCGAAAUCUCCGAAUGGAAGGUACUGUUAAUAGAAGCUGGGAUCACCGAAAACUACGUCAUGGACAUUCCCAUCAUCGCGAACUAUCUUCAAUUCACGGCAGCAAACUGGGCCUACAAGACAAAACCCUCUAAUAAGUAUUGUGCGGGAUUUGAAAAUAAACAGUGCAACUGGCCACGAGGGAAAGUAGUAGGAGGUUCUAGCGUUUUAAACUAUAUGAUCUAUACCAGAGGAGCGUCAAUGGACUACGAUAAUUGGAAAUCGAUGGGAAAUGAUGGUUGGGGCUGGGACGACGUCCUGCCGUAUUUUAAAAAAGUUGAAAACUUUAAUAUCCCUAUGUUUGAUAAUCCAAAAUAUCACGGUCAUAAAGGUUUUCUUAAUGUAGAACAUGCUCCUUUUCGAACAUCAAAAGGCAAAGCAUGGGUCAAAGGAGCACAAGAACUCGGCUUUAAAUACGGCGAUCACAACGGAGCAGAACCAGCAGGAGUAUCAUUCUUACAGUUAUCUAUGAAAAAUGGCACAAGACACAGCUCAAGUAGAGCUUAUUUACAUCCUAUCAAUAGAAGAAAUAACCUGCACGUAUCCAAAGGAUCGAUGGUGACAAAACUUCUUUUCGAUGCCACCAAUACUAAAGUAAUAGGAGUAGAAUUAGAAAAAUUAAAUAGGAAGUUUAAAAUACUAGCAAAAAAUGAAGUCAUUGUGUCAGCAGGUGCAAUUAAUUCACCACAACUCUUAAUGUUAUCCGGUAUAGGACCAAAGGAACAUUUAGAAUCAAUGAAAAUCAAAGUUGUUAAAGAUCUACCGGUCGGAUAUAAUUUGAUGGAUCACAUCGCCGCUGGCGGAUUGCAAUUCAUGGUACGAUCGCAAAACAUAACUCUAACAACUGAAUAUAUACUGAGCCAUUUAGAUUUAGUAUUCAAAUGGAUGCAAAACCAUAAAGGACCUCUUUCAGUCCCUGGCGGCUGCGAGGCGUUAGUUUUUCUAGAUCUAAAAGACAAAUUCAACUCUAGUGCGUGGCCUGAUAUGGAAUUGCUUUUUAUUGGAGGUGGUUUAAAUUCGGAUCCGUUGCUUCCUCGCAAUUUCGGGUUUGACGAACAAAUAUACGCUGAUACAUAUGGACCGCUAGGAAAAUCUGACACAUUCAUGGUAUUCCCCAUGUUGAUGCGUCCAAAAUCAAAAGGAAGAGUGAUGUUGCAAAGUAGAAAUCCUAAAGCGCAUCCAUCGUUGAUACCCAAUUAUUUCGAAUAUGAAGAAGAUUUACUGAAAAUUGUAGAAGGAAUCAAAGUGGCUAUAGAAAUAGCCAGGCAGCCUGCUAUGAAGAAAAUGGGUGCAAAAUUGUACGAUGUGCCUAUUGAGGAUUGUUUAAAAUACGGUCCUUUUGGCAGCGACGCUUACUUCGCAUGUCAAGCGCAGAUGUUCACGUUUACCAUUUAUCAUCAAAGUGGUACAUGCAAGAUGGGCGUAAAAGGCGAUCCUUCCGCUGUAGUGGAUCCAAGGUUACGGGUGCAUGGUAUAGCAAAACUGCGAGUCAUUGACGCAAGCAUCAUGCCUGAAAUCGUCUCCGGUCAUACAAACGCGCCUGUUUACAUGAUAGCGGAGAAAGGUGCAGACAUGAUCAAACAAGAUUGGGGAAAAUUAUGAUGGCGCUAGUAUUAUGUGGCUUUCAAAUUAUUACGCCAAAGUUUAUUAUUAAUAAUAUGUCAUAUCGAUACAUUUUAACCGUUUCCACGCGGGAAGCGCGAUACUUCCCACCUAUCACAUUGUAUAAUGAGCUUAGUAUAUUAACACAUAAGGAAACAAAUAGUUUAUGCCUCUUAAAAGACUAUUCUUAUUCGUAUAAGGCAAGGAGUCCCGCAAGGUUAUAAUAACAAUUUAAUUUAGUAAAACCUUUGCAGGUGCAAUAUAUUUAAUUUAAUUGUGUAAUGUAAAAAAGCACAUCUGUGAUUGUAACAAUAUUUAAAAUUUAGAAUAUUAUUACGUAGAUUCGUAACUAAAUUUAUAAUGUGAUGAGCAGAAUAAAAGUAAAUUUAUGUUAUAAAUAUUACAUUGUUUAUGACAUAAAAUUGCUAUGAUAGUACGUUUAUAUUAUAAACAUUAUUCUGUAUAAUAUAUUUAUCAGGGUUAUAGACAACUGGGGUUGUAUUUUUGUCUAUUGUUAUAAAAAAAAAUUUGUAAAAUAGUAUUAGCCCAUAAUAUUUAUUUGUUAAGGAUUUAAUUAAUAGACAAAUGAUUUAAAGAAAAAAA